CAGCGACGUUAUAUGCUUCCACUUCGAGGUUCCUACUCGUAUUCUCAAUAUCCGCGAAACCAAGACAAUCGAGUCUCACACAACUCCAGUUCUUCACUUCCUUAAUUUGUCCUCCCGGCUGAUAGAUUUCCUUGCUGAUCUUUUCUGAUAUGUUGGCUUUAAUAGCGAGCUGGCUGACGCCAACCACUCUUUUCCUCUUCCUCAAUAUCAUGAUCGGCACCAUCUUCCUUAUCUCUCGUCUCUCUCCUCCCAAAACGCCACAUCACCAGCAAUUUGGACACGACGGCUAUUAUAACUCAGCCCCGCCACUCCAGCGACCUCCGUCGCUCCUAGACCGUGUCAGGUCCAUCAACUUUUCAACCUACAAUUUCACUCUUUCAAACCAAGACUUCGACCAUCAUCUCCAACCUGCAGACGACUUAGCUACCCAUCCGCUCGAGCGAGCCCCGUCAAUUCUCGAACGAGUCAAGUCCAUCAACUUCUCCCUCCACAAAUAUUCUCCUCAAAUCCCAGACACGGACUAUAUUCAGCCAACGGAACACGACAACACUGACCAACAACCCCUCACCCGAGCACCGUCUCUCUUAGAGCGAGUCAAGUCGAUAGAUUUCACCUCUUUUUACAGAUCGGACUCCGUUAAAUCAAACCAACAAAAGGAACCCCCUGAAACUGAUCAAGAAUCCGAUUCGGACUGGGAUAUGAGUCCAGUUCAUGGUCAAGUAAGGAGAAUCAAAUCAGAGUCUAAGGUAAAACAAAGCAAAUUACCAGAGAAGAUUAAGAAAUCAGCGAGUGAGAAUUCGAGACUCAAGGCAGAAGAGGAGGAAGAAGAAGUGGAAAGAAGACGACGUGCGACUACAAGGAUCGAGAAAACGGUAUCGUUUGGAGAUGAAGGUGUCGAUGCAAAAGCUGAUGAUUUCAUCAACAAGUUCAAGCAACAACUUAAGUUGCAGAGGUUGGAUUCUCUAUUGCGUUACAGGGAUAUGUUUAAGGGCAAGUAAUGUAAGUUUUUUUUUUCUUUUGUUCUUAGUAAGUUUUCGAAAAUAGACAUGGGAUUUCAUGUGGCUUUACUGUAACUUGUUCCCUCUGUUUAGUUCGAGUGAGGAUCUGAUUUUCAUAAUGUACAAGGUGUGUUUUCGUGAUUUAGUAAGCUUUAACGCUUUGUUUGUGAUCCGGUUUACUCCGACCGGUGAAUGGCAACUAAAAGGAGAAGAAGAGCUAGCUGAGCGGUGGGCAAUAAGCAUGAAAUCCAAAUGACCAGAAUUGCCCCUUGGCUGCUUAUAAAGUUGGUCGACAACAGUCGGUUUUUCUGUCAUUUAAGGUGCCUUAGUUACAGUUUCAACUUCAAUUAGUAGUUGCAUUGGUAAUUAGUUUAACGCUUUAAAUAGUAGUAAUACUAAGUACUUUUUAUCAUGGGAGAGGCAUGGUUCAAUGUUCAAUGUUUAUAUAUUAUUUAAAAGCCUUUCCCUUUUCUGUAAUGUAAUAGGCGUUGUUCUCUUUUGAAAAAAAAGAAAAUUAUUUAAAAGCCCUCGUACUUCCAAUAAAUCGCAGCAUUACGUGUAAAAAAUAAAAAAUAUAUAUCAUCUGUGAUUAGUUGUUAGCAUUUGCCUCGUAUCCAAGGUAACCAAAGCUUAAAAUAUUAUAAAUUUGACAUCAUCAACAUGGUUAUAGACAAUGAUAUCGUGCCAAUCUGCUAACGACAAAACCCGAUGAUCAGCAUAGUUCUGCACACAACUUUUGAAUGCAGAUCUCUCCUCGGUAGGCAGUCGUCGGGAGAUUUUGAUUAGUUUGAUACCUUUUUUUCCUUGAAUGGACCCUGGCGUCAAGAAUAUAAUCAUAUAUUCUUGACUACGUACAAUUAAUUGCUUAAUCAGCAAACGAAACAGAAUCAUUUUUCCACCUUCCACG